AUGCGUGACGCUAUCAUCCAAGAUGCCGAGAAGUUCUUCGUAUUGCUUGGCCGUUUCGAGAGGGUGUACGUGGAUGCACUGGAUGCGACAGUACGGGAGAUUAUCAAGAUUGAGGGUGAAUUAACUCGGGAAAUUUGGCGGGAAGGGAAGCAAGCGUCUAAGAUAUUGCAUUCGCUGGAGGGCAAAGCGCUCCAGCAGUGGCGAUGGACGGCCAACGAGGUCAUCACCGACUUCAGCAAAUGGGCAAAUACGCUCGAGAUAGAGCUAGUCGAUGUGGAAAACUUGGUCAAGCUCCAAAUCAGGCAGCUCGAUGGAGUGUUGCGCAUUUGGACCUGGAAUAAAGCUAAUAAGGCACUUGAGUCCUUUAGAGCCUUCGUUGGAACGCCAACAGUGGGAGAUCUCCUUGCAGGUGCAGAGGAGGUGACAAGAGUGUUUCGGGAUGCGACGGGCAUACUGUCGCAGAUUAGAUGGCAGAAAGGAGUGAACCAGACCUACACUCAGUGGCGGACUUCAACAAUCGAAGCAUUGGCAAACGCAGAAGACUGUAUUAUUCACUCGGUUCGUGAUCCAAGUGGGCAGUUGAGGCAAUGGCGCUAUGGUGAGGACCGCGCGUUGGAGAAUUUUGGGCACUGGCUGACCUCAGAUGUGACCGGUGUGUCUUCUGGCGCUGUACUUCUUCAGGUUGGUCCAUUACCCACCUCAAUUUAG